GCUCCAAAUCAUCUUUAAUUCCAGCAUUGUCUUCGACCAUUGUGUUAAUCCUGAUCACCAUGGUUAUCAUAACUGUCUUUGUGUUUAUGCGUAGAAGAUCCCGAGACCCGAAGGUGACUGAGCCAGUGGAUGAAGAUGACGAUGACCCUAAUUUGUACAACAACCCAGUCUAUUGUUCUAAAGAUGACGGCCUUCCUGUUCCAGAUCUUAUAGUCAGUACUAACUCCCAUAUCAGCAGUUCUUCCCAGGCACGGCAACCAUUAAAUGACAUAGACAAUCAGUAUGAAGAGUGUGAAGGCGAUCGUCACCCUGUAACCAACGCAGAUGGUUAUUUAUCACACCAUGAUGCCCUUAGCGACACCCAUAGUUUGCCCCAAAAAGAUCUGCAGAAUGGUGGAAAACAGGGACAAUUAGAUGGUCCUGCUGUUCUCGACGAUGAGGAGGAGUACAAUGCGCUUACUUUCAAUCAAUCGUCAGAUAUCACGCGGGCGCUGAAGAAACCAACGUCUGGUGGUGAAGGUGUGAACAAUGGAUAUGGUGUCUUGGACCUGCCAGAACAGGAAGACUCCAAACUGUCUGUCAACUCUCCCCAACUUCAUGCAGGACCAGGACCUAAGACAGGACCAUACGAAAGGGAUCAACCGGGUGAUGAAUCAGAAUACCAUAGCUACCAAGACCCGAUGGAAAUGAACCAGGAUGGAUCUGCUCGCACACCUACAGAGCUGGAUGUCUUCUCAAGUGACAAUUACAAUAUUCUCAAUUCUGGGAAAGAAGUUGGAGAUUACCAUGUCUACCAAGCGACGGAUGAUACUGGUGGGGAUGAAGGGAAUUACGAAGAUUUAGACGCCAAGAUGAGCCGUGAGGAUGAAUAUUCCGAGAUAGAUCAGAGCCAAAACCACGCACCCGGGACAACAGAUAAGGCCACUUUCGAACCGAUAUACAGCGAUGAAGUGUAUUCGGAAUUUCAGGGAAAUUAGGGCAGCCAUUAACUAACACUUUUGUAUGUAUGUAGACGCGCUGUGAUGACAUGCGUUAUCAUUAACACUUACAUGAUAAACAAGCGAGUGAUAGGCUACUACAAUAUGUUUCCCGUCUGGAUAUACAAGCUUUGUACAUAUAGCAGUAAACUAAGAGUUAUGAAAUGUACACUUUAUCAUAUGCCCUAUUUCACGUAAAUCAUUCAGGGCUAUAGCGAUUUACAUGAAACAGAAUAUGUCCGAUGCGGAGUGUCCAUAAAUAUUUUCCUAUACGUGCGAAUAUUGUCAGCUUAAUAAUACCGAAUGUGAAAAUGGAUGUAUGCGAGUGAGCGUGUGUGCUUGUGUAUGUGUGAUUUGGUGGGUUAUGGAUGGUUUGUACGAGGGAAAAUAUGCAGCAUCCUUCCUUUGUGAGAAAAAUAUUAAUUCUGAGAAAAAAUAUUUAAGUAGAAGGCUUUUCAUAUGAGUGAUACACUAUCCUGUAUUAUAACAACAGACUAUUAUGCACUCAGUAUUGUGUUAGUAUGUAUCUGGUGCGGUCGCAUUUCUCUUACAUUUCCAAGUACCCUGAUUACCUUUAUUGCAAGGAAAUGAAUUUACUAUGCUGUACAGAAAUGCAACGACAUUCUAAUUGUAUAAAUAAAUUUAAUUAUUUCAAUUUUUCAUUUCUAAAACAACUUACAAUGACGAUUUUGAGGCGUUGUUCAUUCGGUGCUCUAAUUUCCAUCACAACAAUGUUCCUAUUCAUCGUUUAUUCAACAUUAUCCUAAUGGCACCCGGCAUGGCACAGUGAAUGAUGAAAAAUGAAAAUCGGACCAACAGUUACAAGGUCGCGUGACCUUUUGUCUU